AUGGAGGCGUUGCAGGCGUUGCCACGACAUGAACUUCGGCAAGAGCUCCUCAGGUGCUGCCAUUCCAAUGCGUGGGCGGACGCAGUUUUGGGCAGGAUGCCUUUCAAGUCCGAGGAGGAAGCUCGAGAGGCGAUGGAUGAUUGCUGGGCCAAGCUAACGCCAGCCGAUUACUUGGAGGCGGUCGCGGCGCACCCGGCCAUCGGAGACAAGCAGGCGUUGCGGGACAAGUUCGCCCCUUCGAGGUCGGGGUGGGAAGACAAAGAACAAGCCUCAGCAGCAGGGGCGAGCGAGACCGUCUUAGACGAGCUUUCCGAGCUGAACGAGAAAUACCGACGAAAGAAUGGUUUCGUUUUUCUUGUCUGCGCCUCGGGCCUGCCCGCGGACGCAAUUCUGGCCCUCCUGAAGGCGCGCUUGCCUAAUGACAGGGAUACAGAGAUUCGAAACGCAGUCGAAGAGCAACGGAAGAUCACUCAGCUUCGGUUUGCUCGACUCCUCACGGAAAUCUCACCGCCUGCCAUCGCUGGGGGGGCUAGCGAUACAAAUAAAAGGUCAACACCCUCUGGUAGUUCGCGGCUGUAGGAGUAUAAAUUCUCUCUUUUUUUUUCUCAGUUGGCGGGUUUACGAAACACGUUGUUCCCGCCCCCGUACAUUGGCGGGCACGCCACGUCUAUCCACACAAUUUACACGAAUAGGUGUCUUGUACAGGGUGGCGUGGGCUAUGUCUU